AUGUCUUCACAAUGGAGCAAUGGCCUCUGUAGCUGCCUCAACGAUAUUCCACUUUGUCUCACAACUUAUUGUGCUCCGUGUUACACCUUCGGCAAGACGGCCGAAGCGAUGGGGGAUGAUUGCCUGAUGUGCGGAGUGGUGACCUUCGUUCCGCUUGUAAACUUGUGGUUCUUCAGCCAAAUCCGUGGCAAGAUCCGUGAGCAGAAAGGAAUCGAAGGUUCAUUGGUUAGUGAUCUUCUCCUUAGCUGUUGUUGUACGCUGUGUACUCUCGUGCAGAAUGCCCAGGAAGUGGGAGUCAAAGCGCCGUUUGGAGCUUCCAUCGCCAGGUCCUAA